UGAAAAAAAUGAUCACUGAUUAUGGGCUCCCUAGCUACAGGCGACAUCUAUAAUGACGUGAGUAUGCUAGGGUUGGCGACUUCCGGUGGUGAGACCUGACAAAGAGAGGCGUCUCAUAUAGAAUGACGUCAUAGGGGCGCCGGGUAAACACCGCUAGAAGCUGCAUGGAUGAGAGGCAGAGUCCGUGGAAAUUCUCCCAGAGACUUCUGUGUAGAUCAACCACAAAGUUUACAGUCAUUCCCAGAGGAGUCAGUGACCAUCCCAUGCAAGUAUGCAUACCCGAACGAUAUUACAAAUAUCAGCAGUACUCAUAUCAUCUUGAGAGCGGGUAAUAACAAUUUUUGUGGAGAUAUUAUUUACAACAGCACCAACAACAUAGAUCCCCGUUAUAAGGAGAGAUUAUUUGUUUCCUUAAGACUAGAAACUCGGGAUGUGAACAUUACAAUACAAAAUAUAACUAGAGGGGACAGUGUGAACUAUUGUUGCCGUAUUGAAACUGAAUUAGCAAAUGGAACAUCUGAGAAAUGGCAAAAUCCAGCUGGCACCAAACUAUAUGUGAGAGAUACAACAUUAAUUGUGGAUCAACCAACCCAAGUUGAAGCAUUAAUUAAUGACACUGUAAAGAUUCCUUGUCAUUACAGAGCAGACAAGAGAGUAUCCAAUGUGUCUUUUUAUAGUGUGCAAUGGAGUGUUGGAAAAACUGAAGCUUGUGACACGGUCAUUUACAACAGCACAACUCAGAUUGUGCAUCAAAAUUACAAAGGACGGAUAUCUUUGUUUGGAAAAGAAUUAGCGUCACUCUGCAUCAAACAUGUGACCGUUUCAGACAAUGGCUGGUAUUGCUGUAGUGUGGAAGUUAUGACAGAAAAUGGAAAAGUGACGGAUAUAAAAAGAACAAACCUGAAAGCUACAGAACCAAAAAUGAAACCUUCCAUUACUCAGUCAAAAAACAUCUUAUCCAGUAAGCCAAUCAAGCAGGUCAAGAUUGGAUGCUUUGUUGAACGACCCAAAACGAAAGUAUAUGUGUCUUUAGAAGUGUACUGGAUGGCUGAGAAACAAGGAAAGGACUUUGCCUAUCAUCCAAACACAGAUUUAAUACACCCCCUUUAUAAAGACAAGACCCAGCUGGUGAAUGAAUCAGAUCUUCUCCUGAAUGUAGAGUAUGACAUGGAUAACACCACUUUCUUUUGCCGUGUGAGAAUCAGACGGUGUUUAGGAAACAAAAAAAAAAUAGCUAAUUUCAUGGACACGAUACUAGCAGAAGGUACUGGAACUCUCCUAAGAGUCAAUGACGUUCCUGAUCCAUCCUCCUUUAAAGCAGAAAUUGGAAUUGCUGUUGGGUGUGUGGUGAUUUUCCUCAUUAUCGUGGUAAUAAGUGUAUUCUACAUUUUAAAAACAAAAGGGGAAAGAAAACAAGAGACAAUCAAUGGACAGAGCAUCCAAGUCUCAGAAGUCCCUGCUGAAGUGGAAAAAGAAUAUGAAAAUUCAAAGCACUCUCAGGGACAACCAGGGGAGGAUUAUGUGAUUUACAGCACUGUGAAUCACUCAGGCUCAACCCAAGGAACACCCAAAGUAUCAUCUGAACCUGAUCCAGCUUCAGAGAUUGUCUACGCUGCUGUAAAACGUGACUGAUUGAUUCUGGAGCUUUGUUAUGGAGAAUGUUUUAUUUUAGAAAAUUGUUAAUAUUUUAUUCAACCUAUCUUACCAUUCGAUUGUGCUAUAUAAGGAACAAACAAUGCUUGAUCUGAACAAUGGUAACUCAUUCAAAAUCACUGAUUAAUGUGUUUUUAUUCCUUGCCUGUUUACAGCAACAUGGAAUUGAAAGUGGUCUAUAUCCAAUAAAAGUCACAGCUGUGGUAAGAUUA